AUGUCUUCGCCGACAGAGAAUCGAAAGCACAAGCAGUUCCUUGAUGCUGCAUUGGAUUCAGCCAUCACGCUCGCAGCGCGAGAGCGAGAGGUUAAACGUCUAGACGAGAAUAAGGAGCGCCUGCUUUCCCAGAUCGAAGAGAUGAGUAUACCAGUUGGAGGAAGGGAAAGUCUGGAUGAGGUACAGACCUACGACCGCAACGUACGCACUGCCAAGGCUAUCUUCGACAAAGCCUGGGAGAUGUCGAAGCGCGACGCCGACAAGCGCUUCAAGGCGAUAACCCAAAGAACCGGCGCACUCAUCCGCAAUGCUAGUGCUGUCAGUGAGAGUCUAUUGAUGGAAGGCCUACAUGACGAUGGAGAAGGCUGGGGAGCUUUAUCUACUCAGAUGAAAGUACCGAGCUUGUCCGACGCAAUUGCCGCUUCUAAAAAGGGUAAUGUCAAGACUGGUCGAAGUGAGACGUCUAAAGUUACCGGCAUUCUCAACGGCAGUAGUGUAUCAAGCGGUGCUUAUAGCUCAGCCUUGGGUCCACGCUCGCCCCGCGACGCUCAUCCUCGCCCAGUGUCGCAGUACGACGAUCGAAUGAAACCGUCAUCAUCCCGCAACAGUGUGGAUGAUGUACGCCCGCGUCCCGACUUUCCUCGAGACACGAACGUCCAGCGACCAACACCUAUCCCGAAGCUAUACGGAGAAGCCUUCAAACUCGUUUGA